AUGCCUCCCUCGGCGAAGGCCUUUAUCCUAGCUGCCGCUUCAUGGGGUCUCAUCAUCCGUGAUGCGGCAGCUGUCCCUGCAUCCGUCAGCCAGCCUCCCUCUGACGGACUGGCUCACACAGAGGCUACCCCGGCUCCGUCCAAGCCAAGCGAUUUCUCCCUUCCUCCGGGGGUUACGGCCCAGCCGGAGCCUGAGGUCUCUCCCAGUCAUCCGCCUACGUUCAAGAUGACUCCUGCUGCUUCCUCUUGCCCGGUAGCUCGCCUUCUGUGUCUCCGAAGCCUACUACAACUUCACCUGGCGGCGGUGGCCCUGGAGGUGGUGGUCCAGGCGGUGGUGGCCCAGGUGGUGGCGGCCCUGGUGGUGGUGGCCCUGGAGGUGGUGGUCCCGGAGGUGGUGGUCCCGGUGGUGGUGGCCCAGGUGGUGGCGGCCCAAGUGGUGGUGGCCCUGGAGGUGGUGGUCCCGGAGGUGGUGGCCCAGGUGGAGGCGGCGGCGGCGGCGGCGGAGGCGGAGGAGGAGGAGGCGGCGGUGGAGGAGGAGGGGGAGCUGGCGGUGGUGGAGGUGCCGGCGGCGGAGGAGGUGCUGGCGGUGGUGGUGGCCCUGGAGGUCCUGGAGGCGGCGGGGGUCCUGGAGGAGGUGGUGGCCCUGGAGGCGGUGGUGGUCCUGGAGGCGGUGGUGGUACUGGCGGAGGUGGUGGUCCCGGUGGUGGUGGUGGUGGUCCUGGAGGCGGCGGUCCUGGCGGUGGAGGUCCAGGAGGUGGUGGCCCAGGUGGUGGCGGCCCAGGUGGUGGCGGCCCAGGUGGUGGCGGCCCUGGAGGUGGUGGUCCCGGAGGUGGUGGUCCCGGUGGUGGUGGCCCUGGAGGCGGUGGUGGCCCUGGAGGCGGCGGUGGUCCCGGUGGCGGCGGACCAGGCGGCGGCGGACCAAGCGGAACAGGCCCUGGCGGAGCGGGACCCAGCACCACCGGAGGCCCUCGGCCCGGCGGCGGAGGCCCUGGAGGAGGCGGCCCUGGAGGAGGCGGCCCUGGAGGAGGCGGCCCUGGAGGAGGCGGCCCUGGAGGAGGCGGCGGCGGCAGUACACCCUGCCCAUCCUGCCCACCGCCAUGCCCCAGCAACACGCCCGGCCGACCAGUCCAAAGGCCAGGUCACGGCUCCGGCUCCGGCGGACAGUUCCCUCCAGCGCGCUCCAUCCAACAGCGCCGGCCCAGGUCUCUCGAACAUCCCCAUCCCGACGCCAGCCCCAACCCCAUCUCCAACUCCCACGCCCGCCGAAGCAGAAGAAGAGGAAGAUUUCGAACCCUCCGAAUCCUCCGACUCAGAAGCGGAGGUCCAAGAAACACCCACCCGGAAGAAGAGGCGGGAGAAGAGAAAGACCUUCUUCGCUGCUAAGAGACUCGAACAUCUUCGCGCGCUGCGAGAUAAUCACCCUGUUGUGGAUGCGGAUGCGGAACAAGAACAACAACCUCGGCCGGGUAUCUUCCAUCGUGAAGGAUGGUUUUGA